GUCCAGCCCAAGGACUUGGUGGAUGAUGUCGCGCUGUGUUGGGUUGGCAACGACCCGCGUGGAGUGCGGGAGAUGGCCAUUGCUACUCGUGCGUUCUGCAGGGCUGUUAGGCCCCUCGGACUGGUGCUGCAAAUGGAUAAGUCUGGUCACCUCACGACGUCCAGGCGUACCAGCUACCACUUCCAGAAGUACGCCAGGCUGCUGAAGAUCUCUGGCAAGAGGCACAUGCGGUACCUUGGGCACGAUUUAGCUGGGUCAUCUGCCACCAGAGCCGUGCAGAAGGAUCGCCUGAAGUCUAUGCACGGCAAGAAGGCCAGCGUCCGUGCCUUGCAGAAGGGAGCAGGGCGACAGCGAGCGGCUCGGCUUUGGGCCACGGGUGUGUUGCCAUCCGUGGGGCACGGAGCCACGGUCAGCGGCAUCAGCGACAGGGAGCUGCAGCAGAUGAGGAGCAUGGCUGGCGUCUUCUGCGGCUACAGGGGGUCGGGCUCCCUGACGCUGUACCUGGCCGCGCAGAAGUGGAACUUCGACCCCAUUUUCCACGCUACCUGCAGCAUCGUGGGGCAGUACGCGGCGUGGGUGUGGGAUGGGCGUGUGACGCUCUCCCGCCUGCAGCGUGCCUGGAUGUGCUUGCGUGACUCCUGGGAUGUACGCGACACUCACGUCACUUGGGCCAGUGCACAGGGCCCGCUGUCGGCGAUGUGGUUGUCGUUCAGGAGAGUCAACUGGAACAUGGCCAGCUCCACUAUCUUGGUUGAUGAGGGCCUGCACAUCAGUCUGUUGCAGUAUUGUCCCAGUGAGGUGCUGUUCUUCCUGCAUCGCAGCCUGGACCGUUGGCAGAGCCACCGCAUCCUCGACCAGCUUCCUGAGGCGCCCCCAGCCGAUGGUGCAGGCAGGCGGCAGCACGUGUGGCUUCGUGCGCUUCGGCUGGGCCACGCCUCUUUGGCGCCUGGGCACAGAGGGGCGCUGGCCAAGCUGCAGUCCAACGGCUUCUGGUCGCCGCAGCGCCGCAAGCAGGCUGGCUACAGCGACGAUGGCUCGUGCGAGUUCUGCGGGGAGGCCUACUGCGACCUCGAGCACGAGAUCUUUGGCUGCAAGGUCUUGCAUCAGCAGCAAGAGGACGAGGAGACGGAGCCGUACCCUGAGGACGUCGCCAGGAGGAGGAAGGACAUCCUGGAGGCAGCCCCGUGGCAGGACGGGUGCCAGGUGCAGGACUUCUCGGCCCUGGACGUGCUCUACGCGCUGCCCAUGAGGCCUGCCUUCAGGCCGCUGCCUGCACGCGCUCAGGCUGAGCGUGAGUGGGGGGCGAUCGGCCUGCCGUGGCCGUCGAAGCUGUACGGGGACGGUUCGUGUCUGGAAAGUGACUUCCCUGAGGAGCGGCGCUGCGGAUGGGCCGUUGUGGCCUUGACCCGAGACCUGUGGCCGUACAAAGCUCUGUUCGGGAGCCUGGGGGGCCCCAUCCAGUCGGUGCCGAGGGCCGAGCGGGUGGCUGGUCUCAAGGCCCUGCAAAGGGCCCAGAGGCCAGCCACGUACGUGACCGAUCAUUUGCAGCUGCAGGAGCCCCUCGAGCAUUUUUUCGGCAACAUGUGGGCGGAUGUUUUCGCCAGAGUGGCCGCGGCCGACUUCCUUGGAUCCACCUCCGUGGUCAAG